CCCGGAAGUGGCGCCGCUGGGUCUCAGCGCACUAAUCUAGGGUUAACUCGCUUCGUACGCUACUGUGAGACAUGGGGCUUGCGUUUCACAGACAUUACUGACAGCGACACUGCUGAGAUUUCAUUCAUAACGGGAUAACAAGGCUGACGCACGUUUACAUAUCAAGGUCAGGUCUAAACAUGGAGUCUAUGCUAAACAAGCUCAAAAGCACCGUCACCAAGGUGACGGCAGAUGUUACCAGCGCUGUCAUGGGCAACCCGGUGACCCGGGAGUUUGAGGUUGGACGACAUAUUGCAAGUGGGGGUCCUGGCCUGUGCUGGAGGAUCUACAAUGGGACCAAGAAAUCCACCAAACAGGAAGUGGCUGUAUUUGUUUUUGAUAAGAAGAUGGUCGACAAAUAUCAAAAAUUUGAAAAGGACCAAAUAAUCGAUUCACUGAAAAAAGGUGUGCAACAGCUGACCAGACUGCGGCAUCCUCGUCUCCUGACUGUGCAGCAUCCUCUGGAAGAAUCACGAGACUGCUUAGCAUUCUGCACAGAGCCAGUGUUUGCCAGCUUGUUGAAUGUGCUCGGCCAGUGGGACAACCUGCCCAGCCCCGUACCAAACGACAUCAAAGAGUACAAACUUUAUGAUGUGGAGACCAAAUAUGGCCUGCUUCAGAUUGCGGAAGGCUUGUCCUUUCUCCACAGUGGGGUUAAAAUGGUCCAUGGCAACCUUUGCCCUGAGAACAUUAUCCUCAAUAAGAGCGGAGCAUGGAAGAUCAUGGGCUUCGACUUCAGUAUCUCCUCUACCAACCCCUCAGAUUCAGAUCCUAAAUACUCGUGUAAAGAGUGGGAGCCCAACCUCCCUCCACUAUGCCUCCCUAAUCCCGAGUACCUGGCCCCUGAGUACAUCCUGUCUGUCAGCUGUGACUCUGCCUCUGACAUGUACUCACUAGGCGUGGUCAUGCAUGCCGUCUUCAAUGAGGGCAAGCCUGUCUUCCAAGUCAACAAGCAUGACAUUUUCAAGAGUUUCAGCCGGCAGCUGGACCAGCUGAGUAGCAUGAAUCCAUCACUUUUGAACAAGAUCCCUAAAGAAGUGCGAGAACAUGUCAAAAUGUUGCUCAGUGUCACACCGACUGUCCGUCCCGAUGCCGACCAGAUGACAAAGAUUCCAUUUUUUGAUGAUGUGGGUGCUGUUACUCUUCAGUACUUUGACAGUCUCUUCCAAAGGGACAACUUACAGAAGUCUCAGUUUUACAAAGGCCUCCCUAAAGUCUUACCCCAACUACCCAAGAGAGUGGUGGUCUAUCGCAUCUUGCCAGCGCUGAUGUCUGAGUUUGUUAAUUUGGACAUGGUUCCCUUUGUGCUACCGAACGUGCUCCUAAUCGCAGAAGAGUGCACCAAGGAGGAGUAUGUUCGUCUAAUCCUGCCUGACCUCACGCCUGUUUUCAAGCAGCAAGAGCCCAUUCAGGCUAGUAACAUGAUCUUGCUGAUCUUCCUGCAAAAGAUGGACCUGCUGCUGACCAAAACCCCAGCGGAGGAUAUUAAGAACUGCGUGUUGCCUAUGGUCUAUAGAGCUCUGGAAGCCCCCUCCGUACAGAUCCAGGAGCUGUGUCUGAACAUCAUUCCAACCUUCGCCAACCUGAUUGACUACCCGUCUAUGAAGAACUCCCUCAUCCCGCGAAUCAAAUCGGCCUGUCUGCAGACGUCCUCACUGGCUGUACGGGUUAAUUCCCUGGUAUGCCUGGGAAAGAUUUUGGAAUAUCUGGACAAAUGGUUCGUCAUCGAUGAGAUCCUGCCCUUUCUACAACAGAUCCCUUCCAGAGAACCAGCAGUGCUCAUGGGUAUUUUAGGAAUCUAUAAGUGCACCUUUAGUCAUAAGAAGCUGGGCAUCCCCAAAGAACACCUCGCCACCAAGAGCCUGCCCCAUCUGGUCUCUCUUAGCAUAGACAACAACCUCAACCUGAACCAGUUCAACUCUUUCAUGGCUGUCAUACGCGAAAUGCUGAGCCGCAUGGAGAAUGAGCACAAGACCAAGUUGGAACAGCUGCAUAUUAUGCAGGAGCAGCAUAGGAGUAUAAAUAUCUCAAACCCCGGCAGCCAAUCAGAGGAGACCAAGAGCACACCUAGCUCUGGCAGCCAGAUUGAUGAUAUCUUUGGCAGCACUGGUGUUAAUGGGAAAGAGAAUGGAUCUGUAACAACAGCUUCACAGCCUAACAGAGUAUCUCUGACUCUAGAGGAAAAGCAACGAUUGGCCAAGGAGCAGGAACAAGCAGCCAAACUAAGGAACCAGCAGCCGUUGGCGCCGCAGUCUAUCAAACCAGCUGCUUCCACCAACGCACAGACUAAGGAUCUGACCAACAGCCUUCUCAGCAACAUGACGUCUCUGAACAGCAUGUCUCUGACCAACACAGCCCGACCAGCCACAGUGCAGGGCUCCACCAUGUCUGCCUUCCCCUCCUCCAGCCCAAUGGGCAGCUCCAUGGGUGCCCCGCUCUCUAAUGGCUUCAACUCAUCCAUGGGCUUCCAGACCGGAGGCAUGGCGAUGGGGAUGCGGCCCACAGGCCCCAACCUUUAUGGUGGCAUGGCCACCACCACCAGCACCCCGAACUUUGGAUCAGUCACGCAGAAUCAAGGACCCAUGGGGCAAACGCAUAAAGCUCCCGACUUGUCCGCUUUAGACAGUCUUUUUACACCCAGCAAGGGCAAAGUCACCCUCAAUCAGAUGGGUCCUAUGGCUGCACCUGGAGCCAACAGUCCUUGGCUAAGUCAGUUUGGUUCGGCCCAGAACGCUCAGACUCAGAUGCAGGGUGCGUCAGCAGCUAUGGGAGGUAUGCAGAGUGGCUUUGGGAUGCAAGCAAACCCCUUUUUCAGCCCACAGAACUUCUCCCAACCUGCAGCUGCUGGUAGCAUGAACCAAAGUGGAAUCAAACACAGCGCAUCCGCCAACAAUGAUCUGAAAGAUUUAUUUGGCUAAAUGAAAAGAUAAGAUUGAGUAUAUUCUUCUAAUUGCUUCGUAUAGACGAACCUUGUUCUCACAGACACUGACUGAUUGUGAAGAUUUAACAUCCUUUCAAGAGUAAUUUUUACAGUGAUCUAGUUUCAAUUCGGACUCUUGCUCGCAUUCGACUCGUAAAGUUACCUGCACCAUUUCUACCUGAGCUGGAGGACACAAGGACGGGGUGGGACUUACUUCUUCUAUGCUGUCUUCAAUACAUGCUGGGGGUUUCCUACAUUUUUUUUACUCGACAUUCUUGGGAGUCUGGAUGUCCUUAAUUUGGAUUGUAGUAUUAGAAUGAUUGAAACUGAAUCAUCCCUUGAACCAGGAAGAUAUAACUUCGCUUCAGGCAUCUGUAACUUUUCUUGCUUCUCUGCGCUAUUUUAGGACUUGUAUAUUAAAAGUGAUGGCAGAAUUAGAAACAAAAUAAAUGUGGCCUCCCACUGGCUUAGACAGGUAGCUUAUAGUGUAGCACUGACAGCUCUGCAUUCAGGAGGAUUCUGUGUUAAAGAUAACCCCGCAGCAGCCCAUCUCCACGGUAACCGUAUCCCUCCAUCACCUUCAUUUUGGAAAAAUGUUAUUUCUGAAUUAUUUUCUGCCCUUUUACGUGGUUAAAUUGGUUUCCAUCACUGGGAGCAGAUGUGCUGCAAAGGGAAGGGUUAGUCACACUUAGUUAAAGAUUAACAGUUUCACCAGCUUUGCUACACGUUGUAUAAGUCCGGUAUAAAUGAAAUGUGUCUCUUGGUGGAUUAGGUUCAGUAGCUAGUAGAACAGUGUCUGUCUGAUUAGACACUAAAGGCAGUAAACACACACUGCUUAAGAUAACGUGCCUUACACGGGCGCAUCUGUAGAACUACUCGCCGCUUACUCAAGUAUUAUUAGGUUUUUUUGUUACACAUUAUUAAAUGCAACCACCCAAGAUCAAAAGUUUGAUCUCUUCUAAUAAUGAUUCCUAAUGUUUCUGGUGACCAAUGAAUUGUUUUUAAUAUUUGCUUCAUUUCUGUUGAUCACUUGGUAACUUGCCAUGUUUCUCACUAUAUAGUUUGAUAUCAGCACAUUCCAGCUGUCAGACGACCAGUACUGGGAAUAAAUAAAUAUAUAUUAUGAGGUGUAAAUCUAUGAAGUUAUUUAAUGGGUUACUCUGUGAGGGCCUUGGCAUUUUUAUGAUCUUGUGAUAACAGUGAAGAGGCCUUAGAUGAGUCGUGUGCAAUAAUCCUCACUGCUAGUUGAAGGUGUGUAUCGUUUGGCUCGAGCAGCUGUCGACUGGUCUGAUUCUGCUGAUCUGCUAAACACAAUGUGCACUCGUUGUGAAUCUUACUUUCUGAACAGGAUUACACGGUUUUAGAGUUUUUAGAUGCACCUUGGUCACCGCUGUGUUUCUGCUAACAAUGAUUGUUGUUGACAUGCGUGUGUAACGUCUUGUUGGAUUCACUGUUCGUACAGGGUGAGCUUCUCUAGCUGCAUGCUAGCGAAUAGGCUUUUUAGGUUCUGUUAGUUCCCACAUUUUUUGUACUCACUCACAAACUUGCCUGUGUUCAGAGUACAUUCAUCUGUAUAUGGACGAGCAGCAUGUGGCAGUUCUGACUUCACAGCCUCACAGUUGACGUGAUCUUUGGAGCGUGUUCCACAGACCCUGGCAGAACCCCAAAGCAGGAAACUAAAGCUUAUUCUUCUACGAGAUUGUUUGUAUACUACUGCUGUCAUGUGUGUAGCGUGGCCCCUGUUUUAUGUGUGAAGGUGUUGGUUUAUGAGGUGAUUCAAUGAAAACCUGUAUAUAUAAAAAGUACAUGAUCUAAUCUA